AUGGCGACGACUUUCCUCCGCAACCUCGUGUUGCGGCCUGCCAUACGUCACCAGCCGCCGGCGCUGCCGACGUCCACCCCGAUAGCCCGCACAUUCUCGACCACGCCAUCCCAGAGCACAACUCUCAUGCAAGUCCUGCGCGGCUGCCGCAAACCCCAACGCGCCCGCCACGCCGUCUCCCCCGCUCUCUCUGCCAUCAAGGCACCCGCGCUCAAGGGCGUGUGCGUCAAGGUGGGCAUCACCAAGCCCAAGAAGCCAAACUCGGGCGAGCGCAAGACGGCCCGUGUGAGGCUGUCGACGGGGAAGGUUAUCACGGCGUACAUCCCGGGCGAGGGCCACAACAUCCAGCAGCACAGCGUGGUACUCGUGCGCGGCGGACGGAGCCAGGACUGUCCCGGUGUGAGGUACCAUUUGGUGAGAGGGGCGUUGGAUUUGGGCGGUGUUGGCAGCCGGAUGAGCAGCAGGAGUAAAUACGGGACGAAGAAGCCUAAGAAGGCGUCUGUUGGCUAA